AUGGCUUCCCUGAGUUGGUGGCUCUCAUUCGCUCUUUAUGCAGGCCUCGGACGAGCCAUUGGAACUGACAUGGCCGGCGACGUGACCUGUACCGAGACCACCGUAUCAACCAAUCUUCUCUCGAACCCAUCCUGGGAGAACGGCUUGGACGGAUGGUCAUAUGUCUAUCCGAGAUCAGUGUCGACCGCUGAAGCAACUGAUGGCUCUUAUUCGCUAUUAACGAGUGGCGUAUACCCCUUUCAGACGGUCAGCCAGGCGAUAUCAGGCCUGAUCCCCGGGACUACCUAUCAAGCCUCUAUCGACGUCGACAUAGUGAUCUCCAAUAUCGCGAUCACAGAAAGCUGCACUACAUACCUCUAUCAUGACACUCUCGCGUCCACCAACAUCAUCGCCUCAAAAACCGGGGCUUACAACAAGAACACCGGCCAGUGGUACACUUUGAGCGGCCCAGUCACCGCAACAAGUGAAAGUUCCACGUUUGGCUGGUACGUGACUUGUUCCCCAUAUCGCAUUCCCCAAGUUUCCAUCUACGUAGAUAACGCCAAAUUCAAUCUUGAUACAACCACACAAGUCUGCACUACUGCCACGCCAACGUUGACACCUAUCUCGACUCCUCCGGCAUCUACACCCGCACCACAGUCAUCAAUCCCGGUCUCUAGCAUUGCAUCCUCGACGCCUAUCGGUCAUUCAAGCUCAGCUGCUAGCAUUGCGUCCUCGACGCCUAUCGGUCAUUCAAGCUCAGCUGCUAGCAUUGCGUCCUCAACACCUAUCGGUCAUUCGAGCUCAGCUGCUCCCAUAACCCCCUCAUCACCUGUUGGUCAUUCGAGCUCAAGUCCAUUGGCACCGACAAGCACACCCCUUCUACACAGUUCUUCAUCGGCAUCGCCAUCAUCGGUCCCCCUAAUCUCCACCCCAGUGGAUUCACAUACAUCUACAUCGUUAGUGUCAAGUCAGUCUAUCGGGCACGGCUCUAGUUCUGUCAUUCCUUCAACUCCUCCUUCAGUCCCAACUGGAUCGACCUCCCUCACAGCAACCACAUCUACCGAGACAUGCACGGAGUUGCAAUCUACCUCUCCAAUCUCAAGCCCAUCAGGCAACUCGAUCUCUACUUCAUCGACUAUUUCAUAUGUGUCUUCGUCUUCUUCGACGGCCCUUCCUUUCUCCACAACCGUCAUUGCGACAGAACCAAACCAACAACCCUCGGCCACAGGUCCUCUGGAACCUAUUUCGACACCUUUUUCGCCUAUUGAUCUCCCCGCAACGACAUCUUCCGGCCAUAUCACCACUACCAAUGUUGCAUUGACAACUUCUACCGUCUACAGCACCCGUACCUCGACCAUCACCGCCUGUCCUUCGAGUGUCAUCAACUGUCCCGCGCGGUCACAAACCACAUAUGUCACGACUGAGACGAUCUACGUAUCGACUACAGUCUGUCCCGUAGCCGAAAGUGAACCUACUGCGCAGGCUACUUCUUCGCCAACGGAUAGCCCCGUCAUCUCCGUCUCCGUGUCACCAAUCUUCAGCACCCGUACGGCUAGAAUUACCUCCUGCCCUCCUGAAGUGACUGGCUGUUCUGCCAAGCCAGCUGCUCCCCAGGUCGUGACGGAGACACUCCUCGUCGGAGAGUCUACGUAUACGCUAUCUGAAACAGCUGCUGCUACUUAUAGUGCUCAUCCCCAGGUUGGGUCGACUCCUUCGUCCCGCUUGCUUUCUUCUGUUCCUCUGAGCUACACUACACAGGCUUUUUCUUCGCACGCCGUAGAGCAGGUGAAGACUAGCGGAAUCAAGACUACACUCUCUGUUUCCAGUACUGUGCCAAGUUCCUCGACCUCUACGGGUACAUCCAGUGUGCCAGCGUUCAAUGGUGCUGAAUCGUUGGGUCGUCCAGGCAGCUCGGCUCAGAUCAUCGCCUCGGUUUGCGUCACAGGUCUUGCGCUCUUGUGGCUCUAG